AUGUCGAAAUCCUACCUCUUCGAAAACUACUGGCAUGAAAUGAUUACCCCGUCGGAGGCGGUGUCUACAUUGCCUAAAGUCCUACAUUGCCUAUUCAUAAGGCUUUCAAUAAGGCUGGCAUUAUCCUUGGAAGCGAUCUCGCGAAAAAGAGAAGGCGUUUCUACAGAACCCGAACAUACCCUAACGGCGCCAAAGAAGUCGUCAUCUCCCGAGCUUCUAUGUGAAGAUUGCGCCAAUCUGGAUCUUGCAAAGGCUCUACUAGUCGAAGAAAAGGACGGUGGCGAUAAAUUCGCCCCUGGUCGUUGGGGAUACUUCAACACCUGGGCCGUUGAUGUUGGCCAUCGAUACCGAGUGGCGAGAACGACGAACUGUAAUCUAUGCAGAAUACUCUUCAAAUCUCGUGUCGAAGAAGAAGAUCUCGCACUUGACGGCGACGUCGACUGGAUAAGAGCAGUGUCCUUUUUACGCUUUUUUAAAUUACUCAAGUUUGGGUCUAAAUUUUGGCACUCAUGGGACUUUCCGGUUCUGAUGCUGUUUUCCAACAAAAACUAUGAUCUGCACAAGAAUCACAAGAAAAUCAUGAAUUUGAUUCAAGUAUCUGGGUGUGCAGCGCUCCAACAGUGCGACCAGCAACAGGCGGUUCCUUUGUCACUAAAGGUAAUACCUCCUAGGUUUGAUUUGGGCACAUUUAGAAAAUGGUUUGACUAUUGCAACAAAAACCAUGGGCUACUCUGCCGCUCUAAAAAGACAGAAUUGUGUGGCACUCGCCUCAUUGAUUGCGAGGAGCAAUCUAUUGUAGAGCAUGGGCCCGGGAUGCCGUAUGUGGCUCUGAGCUACGUUUGGGGACAGCCCACGACCCAGAGAGAGAUAACUACAUGUAAUGGGAAGCAACUACCUACUCAACUCUCAUUGGUUAUCCGAGAUGCUAUGGCGGUUACUCAGGCAAUGGGAUUCCGGUAUCUAUGGGUAGACCGAUACUGCAUUGAUCAAAACAAUCCAACAGUCGUGCAUCAGCAAAUUGGGCAAAUGGGUGCUAUAUACGGCAACGCCGAAGUGACUAUAAUCGCUGCAGCAGGUCAAGAUGAGAACUAUGGUCUACCAGGAGUAGGAAGAAAUCGCCCAGGGACACAAACGGUGGCCCACAUUGGCGAAGUCGCAGUAGUGUGGGCAGCGGGGGACCCCCAAGCAGCAAUCAAAUCAUCGCAUUGGUCUACUCGUGGAUGGACUUUUCAGGAAGCACUCCUCAGCCGCCGCCGCCUUGUUUUCACAGAAGAUCAGGUUUAUUUUGAGUGCAGCGCAAUGAAUAUCUUCGAGAGCCUCGAUAUUCCACUCGAUAGUUUGCACAUCAAAGACAGAAGUAAAAGCUACGAGGACCUGAGAGGUGGAGUUUUCGGCAGGAAUCGUGCAGCGCAAUUCGGCAGGUUUAUUCUCCAAAAACAGGGAAAGGGAGAGAAUCUCAGUCAAUAUCUAUCGAAUGUGGAAGAGUAUUCCGCCCGGAAAUUGACUUUUGCCAAGGAUUCCCUGGACGCAUUUCGAGGUAUUGCGCAACAAUUCUGGUACCGAAAGCACGCAGUCCACAAUAUUUGGGGGUUACCAUACCUAACACUACCAGCGGAACGAGGGCUUGGUUUCGUAUAUUCACUAGCUUGGCACCAUACAACCAGUUGCUGGGACCUCUCACAGAGUCCACAUCGUCGAUCACAAUUCCCUUCCUGGUCUUGGGCCGGAUGGGAGGGUGAAAUCCGAUAUCAAAUGCCCUGGAGUAAACAUAACUUGUGGUCUAGUAAACUUUUUGAGGCUAUUUCCUUCGAGAACGAAAUGGGUAGUCCCACAACCUUGGAGAUGAUUGUGCCAAAUAUUGAUGAGACUUGUGAUUUUCCAGUUAUGAGACUCACCGCGGCAGUGGUUCCCUCGAAACUCAUUUCCUUUAACUUCAACGUUGAUUCGGAUAAGCAAUGGCGGUUUGGAAAAUACAAAGCCGACCUAGCACUGUCCUACGGCUCUGUGUCUGAAUCCCAAUUUGCUCAAGAUAUUCAUGAUAGUCAUAUAUGGCAAUGUGUCUGUAUCGGAUGGUCAGGCUGGGGGGUGACCGUCAUGAUUUUAAAAAUACAUGACAGUUCGGGAUUGUGGGAGCGGGCCGGGUUAUUGACUAUUAACUGCUAUACGCAUAACGUCGAACCGAUGAUGCAGACCUGGGAAUAUAAAUCAUUUAGAGUUAGAUGA